AUGUAUGGAGUACCUUUUGAACUUCCUUCAGAAGCUCAGUCAAAAGAUUUUCUGAUCCCUACUGGAAAAGCCAAAAUAGAAAGGCAAGGAACACACAUAACUAUAGUUGCUCAUUCAAGACCUGUGGGCUACUGCUUAGAAGCUGCAACAGUGCUGUCUAAAGAGGGAAUUGAAUGUGAGGUGAUAAAUUUGCAAACCAUCAGGCCAAUGGACAUUGAAACAAUAGAAGCCAGUGUCAUGAAGACCAGUCACCUUGUAACCAUGGAAGGAGGCUGGCCACAAUUCGGAGUAGGAGCUGAAAUCUGUGCCAGGAUCAUGGAAGGCCCCUUGUUCAAUUUCGUGGAUGCUCCUGCAGUUCGUGUCACUGGUGCCAAUGUGCCUAUGCCUUAUGGAAAGAUUCUAGAAGACAAAUCUGUACCUCAGGUUAAAGACAUCAUAUUUGCAAUAAAGAAAACACUGAAUAUCUAG